UUGAAAUCAAUGAAGAAUAAAUAAAAAAAAUAAAAGUUGUUGAAAAAUAAUUAAAAAGCAGUAUUAAAAACAACGAAAAAAAAAUUUAAAAAAAAGUGAACGAAAUAAAAAUUGAAUAAAAAUGAGUAUAAUUCAUUCGCUAAUGGUGUCAGCGGUUGAAAUGUCGCCCGUUGUUGUGGCAAUCGCAUGUAUGGGAGCGAUGGUGAUGCUGUUUAUCAAAGCUGCUGUGAUGCUCCGCAUGCAGAAUGACGAAACAAUGCAUCAAUCACACUCUAACAACAGCAACAGCGUCCGAGUUCCUCGCCUGAAAAUGACACGAGUUCACAUCCCAUUCACAUUUCGCUUACUGGAGGGCGGCAAUACCAGCUGUGAUGAAGUUAAGUUUGCCGUUACAAGUCAAAUCAAGUACACGAUGCAGGCUUUCUGGGUAGUUUCGAUUCGGGAAUUGCACGUUUCGCUAUGGAGACCAUGGAAGGAACUGCAAGAUGCUCUCAAAGAAGUUAACGGCACUAUUCUGGAGGCAUCGCAUUGUCAGAAAUUAGCGGCAGAUAUAAGAGGUCAAUCUCCUCACAACGAAGUAGUAAUUAAGUUAAAAUCCCCGAAGCCACCGCUAGUAUUAGGAGCUCCUCCGCGUCUUGCAUAUCCAUUAGUUGUCUUCUUGAUCCGCGACGAAGACAGUGAUAAUUUAACACAUCCAGACGAGACAGUAGUUUUAGUGAAUAUCGUGCACUUGCGGGAUCCCGUAUGUCCAUUACCAACGUCAAUUCUUGCGCAGUAUCUGAAGCAAUCGAGUGGGCAACUGUCGUGUCUGAAGCAACUGUACUUAGCCACAGGCGAUUCGAUGGCAGCUGAUGAAAAAGCAGCUCAACAAAAUGGUUCACUUUCGUUAGCAGAACCCGUUUCGUGUGCCGGUUCGACGGGCCCUCUUUUGUGUUCAGAUAGUGCUGUCAUUCGAGACGGGCAGCAACAACAACAGGACCAACUUUGUGUCGUUUGUCAAUAUUUCCCGCUGUCACGAGCCCUUCUUCCGUGCCGACAUACUUGCAUCUGCGCCGUUUGUUUCUCUAAACUUGAUCGUUGUCCCAUGUGCCGCGCACCGAUUACGAGCUACUUUUGCAUACGGUCCGAAGAUUAUGUGCCGCCGAAUAUGCUGGAGCAGCAAAUUAGCAAAGAUAAAGGAGCAGGAAACGGGACAGUUCACUGGUUGGAUGCCUUAAAUGAUCGACUUACGGACUUUUUGGGAUUCAGAUAAAAUUUUAAUGAAAAAAAAAAUUAAGAAGAAGCGAAAAAAUAAAUAAUGAUAAUUUUUGUACUGAUAGUGAGUAAUUUAAAAAAAAUAUAUAAAAUGACUGUGUAAUCCUUGUUAAGUUGAUUUUUUUGAAAAAAUUAAUGAAACAAAAAAAUCCAAUCAAAAAUGUUUGAAUUUAAAGUUUCCCCCUAAAUAUUAAUGUUAGCUAGAUAUUUAUUUUGUGAAAUAACUUUUAAUUCUUAAAUAAUCACAAUUUAUUUUAUUUUACUACUUAAUUCGAUACUGAUUACCAUCACAGCAGUCUACAUCACAUUUUUAGCACGUUAAUCAUUUUUUUGUAAGACAAAAGUAUUUAAAGACGAAUAAAAUUCCUAAAAAAAAUCAAUUUAAAAUAAUAAAGAGAGAAACUUUAGACUUGCCUGUGAUAAAGACGAAGCAUCAGUAAAUAAAAAAAAAACAAU